UCUGAAACACAUGACAGGCCCAUAGCCCAAACCAAAUGAAGGGAACAGUGGCCACUGGCCACUUCGGGGAUCCCCACAAACAACUUGACCAAAAUUUUUGGUAUUUCCGUCACAAACACAUGUCAACGCCACCAUACGCCGCGUAAGCCGCACCGUUCGAGGACGAGGAGGAUGUUGUGUGCACCGUUGCACCUCACUGUCCUGAAACCCUCGUCACCAUGUCAAGGCUUCUUGCUUGUGGAAACGUUAGAAGGUUUACACGUUCUGUUCACAAGACAGGCAGCUUGGAAGUAUUUUAUCCCAUGGGGCCCCCUUACUCAAGAUACAAAUUUUUCUCACACUAUAGACAUGUACACAAAGGACAAUUUCUAUUCAUGUUAUUUAAAUCGAAGGUUAACUUUUUGACGAGUUGCGGGGCUAGGAACUUGUAUACCCUCCCUGCAAAUAAUGUAAAAUAUCAUCAUGGUCAAGUUGUUUGGAACAUGAUGUGUUUCCAUAAAGGGCCAGCUCUACCGCCAAUAGGUCAAAUUGCCCGUGCGGUAAGUUUGGCUAUGGUCAAAUCAAAUUUUGUUGUUCAUGGUGUGAUUGUCUUCAUAAUAGGAGAGCUUGCUUGGACACAAGGAAAAUGGGCUGAAGCAGAAUCCUUCCCAACAAGGGAUUCACUUUAUGUGCAUGCACAAGACGGGCAUGUGUAUUUAACUGCAGCUCUCUUGGCAGCCAUUGAGAUUUUUAUCUUGUUUCUCAGGGCUGCCUAUUUGGUGAUUUUGUUCUGUCCUUGCAUAGCUAUGGCUCCUUUAGUUGGUUUUUUUGGCACUCAAUUUAGAAAAACAUGGAUUCAUGUUGUUCGAGUUACACUAGAAAAAGCUGGUCCAGCGUUCAUUAAGUGGGGUCAAUGGGCUGCAACCAGACCUGACCUCUUUCCAAGGGAUCUCUGUGAUGAACUUGCAGAAUUUCAAACCAAAGCGCCAUCACAUAAAUUUAGCUAUAGCAGAAAAUGUAUAGAGAAUGCAUUUGGUCACAAAUUAUCUGAAAUAUUUGAAAAUUUUGAGGAGGAACCAGUAGCUUCAGGUAGCAUUGCUCAAGUUCAUCGAGCUACACUAAAAUACAAAUUCCCUGGUCAGCAAACCAAGCCUGUUGUUGUAGCAGUGAAAGUCCGACAUCCUGGGGUUUCUGAAGCAAUUAAAAGGGAUUUUAUCCUUAUCAAUCUUGUUGCCAAGAUUUCGUCUUUCUUCCCCAAUUUGAAGUGGUUGAGACUAGAUGAAAGCAUACAGCAAUUUUCUGUUUUUAUGAUGUCUCAAGUUGAUCUUUCAAGGGAAGCAGUGCAUCUUAGUCGGUUUAUCUAUAAUUUCCGGAGAUGGAAAGAUGUUUCAUUUCCAAUGCCUCUGUAUCCCCUUGUGCACCCUUCUGUUUUGGUAGAAACCUUUGAACAAGGUGAAAGUGUUUUGCACUAUGUUGACCAGCCUGAAGGACAUGAGCAUUUCAAAAGCACCCUUGCUCAUAUUGGAACACAUGCUCUUUUAAAGAUGCUUUUGGUGGAUAAUUUUAUCCAUGCAGACAUGCAUCCUGGAAAUAUUCUUGUCCGAGUAGGAAAAAGCAAAUCAACUCUCUUGAAGUCAAGGCCUCAUGUCAUUUUCCUUGAUGUGGGCAUGACUACUGAACUUUCUAAGAGAGAACGAGAAUAUUUAGUCGAAUUCUUCAAGGCUAUAGCACUUCAAGAUGGCCGCACUGCUGCAGAGUGCACACUUAGAUUAUCAAAACGUCAAAAUUGCCCAGAUCCGAAAUCUUUCAUUGAGGAGGUGGAUAAAUCGUUUGAACUUUGGAGGUCCCCAGAAGGUGAAUCUGUCCACACUGCUGAUCGUAUGCAACAAUUGCUUGAGCAUGUUAGGCGCUGUAAAGUUAAUAUCGAUGGCAAUGUUUGCGCUGUGAUAGUUACCACAUUGGUCCUGGAGGGUUGGCAGCGAAGACUUGAUCCAGAAUAUGAUGUGUUGCACGCUUUGCAAGCACUGCUAUUUAAAGCUGACUUGGCAGAGUCUCUAUCUUAUGCCAUUGAAGGAUUGGUGGCUCCAUGAAAGGGCCAUUAUGUUUGCCCAAAAUUUUGAAAAAUGGUGGUGCAGAAGUAUUAAUGAUAAAUUGCUAAUUGCUUACCUACAAAGGAUGAUCUUCCAGUUUUCAAUGCUGUUUUUUAUUUUUUAUUUUUCCCUUCUAUUCUUAAUUGUGUUUCUAAUAACACGCUGGGAAGUGGGAACUUGGCAUUGGGAAUGUUUUUGAAAUAACUUGUUUUUGAUAUUAGCUCAUGAUGUAAAAUUCAACAUUCAAUACAGCUUUGUAAUAAAUUUAUAGCAUAAAUAGAAUGUUUUUCAAGUAUUAUAGAACC